UCUCCCUCCCAUCGCCACCCGCAUUCCCCUCCCUCUCCACGCACCUCUCGGGCUCGGCUCCGAAGAGGGAGGAGGACGCCAGCUGCCACGGCACCCGCUCCCGCGCUACCCGCCGCCACCAUGCUGUCCGCGCAGGCCGCCGCCGCCGUCACCUCACCGGCUUCCCUGUGGAAGCGGGCAGGAGGGAGCGAGGGCGGGAGCCGCAGCUGCGACGGAUGCAGGACCUACAGGGAGUCCCUGCGGAGGCGGGCCGCGGCGGUGCGGGUGCGCGCCGCGGCGCCGGGGCGGGUGGAGGCCGUCGCGAUGGGCUCCGCCGCGGAGACCGAGAAGGAGCUGCAGGAGGAGCAGCAGCAGGAGAAGGAGGUGGCGGCGGCCGGCGGCGGGGUCGAGGACCCCUACGGCGAGGACAGGGCCACCGAGGAGCUGCCCGUCACGCCCUGGGCCUACUCCGUCGCGAGCGGUUACACCCUUUUGAGGGAUCCACAUCACAACAAGGGUCUUUCCUUCACUGAGAAGGAGCGGGAUGCACACUACUUGCGUGGCCUUCUGCCUCCGGCGGUUGUGUCUCAGGAACUCCAAAUUAAGAAGAUCAUGCACAACCUGCGGCAGUACCAGCUCCCUUUGCAGCGCUAUAUGGCCAUGAUGGACCUUCAGGAGAGAAAUGAAAGGCUUUUCUACAAGCUUUUAAUUGAUCAUGUGGAGGAGCUGCUCCCUGUGGUUUACACACCAACUGUUGGUGAGGCCUGCCAGAAGUAUGGUUGCAUCUUUAGACAACCACAGGGUCUGUAUGUCACCCUGAGGGACAAGGGGAAGGUCCUGGAGGUUCUAAGGAACUGGCCCCAGAGGAACAUUCAAGUUAUUGUUGUUACUGAUGGUGAGCGAAUCUUGGGACUUGGAGAUUUGGGUUCUCAGGGAAUGGGAAUUCCUGUAGGCAAACUUGCUCUCUACACUGCACUUGGAGGAGUUCGCCCAUCAGCUUGUUUGCCUAUCACAAUUGAUGUUGGCACGAACAACGAGGAACUGCUUAAAGAUGAGUUCUAUAUUGGACUCCGGCAGAAACGUGCAACUGGCAAGGAGUAUGAUGAACUUAUGGAAGAAUUCAUGACAGCUGUGAAACAAAUCUAUGGUGAGAAAGUCCUCAUUCAGUUUGAGGACUUUGCCAAUCAUAAUGCUUUUGAUUUGCUUGCAAAAUAUAGCAAGAGCCAUCUUGUUUUCAAUGAUGAUAUCCAGGGCACAGCAUCAGUGGUCCUUGCAGGUUUGUUAUCAGCACUUAAGGUGGUUGGUGGGACCCUAGCAGAGCACACCUAUUUGUUCCUUGGCGCUGGGGAGGCUGGAACUGGCAUAGCCGAACUCAUUGCUCUCGAGAUUUCAAGACAGACAAAAGCUCCGAUUGAAGAGUGCCGCAAGAAGGUUUGGCUGGUGGACUCAAAGGGUUUAAUUGUUAAUUCCCGUAAAGACUCCCUUCAGUCAUUCAAAAAACCUUGGGCACAUGAGCAUGAGCCUUUGACGUCCUUGUUUGAUGCUGUCCAGUCCAUCAAACCUACGGUUUUGAUUGGGACAUCAGGUGUUGGAAGGGCAUUCACAAAAGAAGUUGUUGAGGCAAUGGCUUCCUUCAAUGAGAGGCCUGUCAUCUUUUCACUGUCAAAUCCAACCUCACAUUCUGAAUGUACCGCUGAGGAAGCAUAUAACUGGACUCAGGGCCGUGCUGUAUUUGCCAGUGGUAGUCCAUUUGCCCCUGUGGAGUACAGUGGGCAAACUUUUGUACCUGGGCAGGCAAACAAUGCUUACAUUUUCCCUGGGUUUGGCCUUGGUCUGGUUAUCUCUGGAGCCAUCCGUGUCCACGAGGACAUGCUUCUUGCUGCUUCGGAAGCACUAGCUGAUCAGGCCACUCAGGAGAAUUUCGACAAGGGAUCAAUCUUCCCACCUUUCACCAACAUCAGAAAGAUCUCUGCUCACAUUGCUGCUGCCGUGGCUGCAAAAGCCUAUGAGCUCGGUUUGGCGACCCGUCUGCCUCCUUCCAGAGACCUGGUGAAAUAUGCAGAGAGCUGCAUGUACACUCCUGUCUACCGCAACUACCGGUAGCGACGCGGGGUUCAAUUUUGCAGUAAUAAAAACCAAUCAAUGCAGGGUACUGCAAUGUUGUUGUGCUGCAUAUGUGUAUGUUGUUCGUCGUCACCGCUGCUACCACCCUUGUGUACUUGUUGCUGGUGCUGCUGGUAGACACUGUAGCUGUCUAUGCAUAUAUGAUAUGGUGUAACGCGUUAUGGAAGCAGACCAUCUUGUGUGCCAAUGUUUGUUAUUCUUCCACACGGUUAUGACUUAUGGCUCGCAGAUGGGAUAUCUGAAAGAGUUGUAUCGCUGUCGCGAGUAUGCUAGCAGUGAACAAAUACAGAUGGACCACAAAAAA